AUGCUACUUAUCUUACUGUUUCCCACUAUUUUGACUGUUCUCGUGAUUCACCAAUGGUCUAAGAGACGAAGGCUACCCACUGGACCGACACCGAUUCCAGUCAUUGGAAAUCUACACCAUCUCUUCUAUCUCUAUUGGAAAUGUGGAGGAGCGGUUGAAGCUUACAGACAUCUCGAGCAACAAUACGGAAAAGUUUUCACAGUUUGGAUUGGUCCCCUUCCUACAGUAUACAUUUCGGACUACGAUUUGGCGCAUGAGACUCAUAUCAAGAAAUCAAAUGUCUUCGGAAGAAGAUUCGCAGUUGGAGCAUUGAAUUAUAUCAGAGAAGGAAGAGGAAUUGUUGCUUCGAAUGGAGAAUUCUGGCAAGAGCACAGGAGAUUCGCAUUGACAACGCUCAGAAAUUUCGGAUUGGGAAGAAAUUUGAUGGAGGAAAAGAUUAUGGAGGAGUACCGCUACAGAUUCUCUCAAACCGCCAACGGAAACAACAACAAAGGCUCGAUCGAGACAAACUCGUCAAUGUUUUUUGAUCUUCUCAUUGGAAGUAUCAUUAAUCAGCUUCUUAUCAGUGAACGAUUUGAACAGGGUGACCCGGAAUUCGAGAAGUUGAAAGAAAGUUUGUCGGUUGGUCUCGAGAAAUUUGGAGUUUUGGAUGUUUUCCUUCCGGAUUGGAUAAUGAAUGCGUGGUGGAUGAAGUGGAGAAUGGAUGAUAUUUUGGGUCCAUUCAGUUGGAUUCAUAGAUUGUCGCAGAAAAAUGUAGAGAGAAGAAUGAAACUCAUUGAAAGUGGAGAACACGUCAUCGAUGGAGAUGGUACCGAUUUCAUGGAUGCCUACAUUAACAAGUAUGAGAAAGAUAAGAGAGAAGGCGUCAACUCUACAUUUACCCUUGAAAAUCUUGCGAUUGAUAUGUAUGAUCUCUGGAUCGCCGGACAAGAAACCACUUCAACUACUCUUUCCUGGGCUUGUGCGUGCCUUCUGAAUCAUCCAGAAGUCGUUAAAAAAACCCGAGAGGAAUUGGUUCAUUUGACUGGAGGACAUCGAGCAGUAUCCUUGACUGACAAAACGUCAACGCCUUAUUUGAAUGCGGUUAUUAAUGAAGUUCAGCGAAUUGCUUCAAUUCUAAAUGUAAACAUCUUCCGUCAAACCUCUGAGGAUACUGUAGUUAAUGGUCAACCGAUUGCUUCUGGGACGGCACUCACAACCCAUCUCUCCCUCAUUCACACUGAUGAGAAGUUAUUCAAAGAUCAUACAAAAUUCCAACCAGAGAGAUUCUUAGAAAACGAGGGUCUCGAAAAGAAGCUGAUUCCAUUUGGAAUUGGAAAGAGAGCGUGUCUUGGAGAAUCACUAGCGAGAGCUGAACUCUAUUUAGUACUGGGUAACAUGAUGUUAGACUAUGACCUCGAAGCAGUCGGAGAAGUUCCUCAAAUUAAGACGACGUCACCUUUCGGAAUCAUGAAAAGACCACCUGUCUAUAGUCUCAGAUUUGUUCCUGUCCAUCACGCAUGA